GAUGGAGGCGCCGGCCGAGCUGCUGGCCGCGCUGCCAGUGCUGGCCACGGCGCUGGCGCUGCUGCUCGCCUGGCUGCUGGUGCGGCGCGGGGCGGCCGCGAGCGCGGAGCCCGUGUCCCCGGCCAAGGUCCCCGGGACUCCCGCACCGCCCGACCCCUGCGCCCCAGAGCCGGCGGCCGCGCCGGAGGGCCCGGGGGAGCUCGAGGGGCCAGGGGAGCGCGAGGCGGCACCGGCAGAGGCGGAGGAGCAGGCCGCCGAGGCCAGGCAGGAAGAGGAGCAGGAGAAGGAGCAGGAGGGCCAGGAGGGCCCACCCCAAGCAGGGCCUGAGGAGGAGGAUGGGGGAGAGGUCUUCUCCUUUAAAUACAGCCCCGGGAAGCUGCGGGGAAACCAGUACAAGAAGAUGAUGACCAAAGAGGAGCUGGAGGAGGAGCAGAGGAUUGAGCUGACCUCUGACCUCACUUCCCUGUAGCAAGUUCCUUAGGUCCUGAGCCACACAUAUUCUUGCAAAUCCUUUUGAACCGAAGAAUAAUGAAGUUAUCCUUAGCCUCCUGCUAAAGGCUUUUCCUUUUGGCAUCUAAAAAGCUUGAGAGAUAAAAUGGAAAUCCCCAGAGUGGAGCCAUGCAGGCUCCCAGGUGCCUCUGGCCUGCAUAAAUCCGCUGGGACCCAGACCCUCCAUCAGGACCUGUCCCUCAGCGGGGAGGGUGCCGGGAGUGCCUCGGCCCCCGGGGUAGAGGUGUUCCUCCCUGUUGGGGUGGAUUGCUUGGUUCAGCAAGGGUUUCGUAGACUUUGGUUUUUAUCGCUGAACCCUGCUGUCCACUCAGCCUUCGCACCCGUGAUGUCAGCAGUGACAGCCACCUUAUCAUUUUUAAACCAGUGUAGCUUCACUCCAGUGCCCCCCACCCACCCCCAGCCCACACUGGCCUUUUCCUUCCCUGGAGCCAAACCGAGAAAGACUGAAGCAUUCCAGACAGCUGAGGCAGAGCUCCUGUGCUCAUCAGCUGCUCAGGGAUGGUGGACUGUCCUCCUUUCCUGGGGGCCCACUUCCCUCUUUCUGUCUGGCGGCUCGGCUGUUGGGGGUGAGGGACGCCUAUUGAUGGCCCCACAGCAGGGAACCAGCGACAACUCUCUAGAUCUGUGUCACCCUUAGUCUUCAUUUAGAGGAAGCUGGAAUCUGGGCCUCUAGUGGCUCAGAGGCCUUUUCGCUCUUACCAGCUCAGCCGAAUCUCCACGUUCGCUUUGGCAGAAGCAAUAAGAAUAGUCUGCUUGAAAUAGAUUUCUUGACUAUGCCGUUUCCUAGAAGGUGUCAUAGAGAAGUUAGAAUUUCACCAGAUAAUGAGAUCAGUCCCAGAUCCAUUUCUUGGAAUUUUAUAUUGGACAAUAUUUAUAUUAUACCAAACUAAUCUGCAGUUUUUAGAUGUGUUGGUUAAAACAUUUUUUUAAAGCAGUAAGUUUAUAGAAAAAUUUUUUCCAUUUAAUGGAAGGCUGGGAUGCCAACCCCUAGGGCAUGUUACAUUCCCAGUGACCUUCUUCUCUGGGCCUAAAAGCUUAGGCUCAGGGCCGUGGUGCAGAUAAGGCAAUGGUGGGCGAGCCACGUGACGAGUAGACGCACGCUUGUUGGCACACCUGUCCAUACACAGCAAUAACAGCCUUAUCCAGGCUGGGAUCUUACUGUUAACAGUAAGUAGGUGACGCCCUCCAGGUUAGUUAUCGAACUAGUUAGCUGUCUGGAAUCUUUCUGCACGUGGCUUGUAGGCACCAAGCCUCACGUACUCCUGAUGGCUUGGAUCUGUGUAUUCAGCCUUUGUUCAGCCCAAUAAACUUUGAGUAGAUGA